GAAGGAAACCCUCAAAUCAAAUAUACAGAUUUCUAGAGAGAGAAAUAAGAGAGAGAAAACAGAGAUCUGUUCGAAGAAGAAGAAGAAGAAGCAUCAAUGGCGGCGGUAUUCUCAGGUUAUUCAAAGGUAAUAAUAUUAUUAGCUACUUGUUUUAUGGCCGUCCUAUUCAUCUCAUCAAACGGAGCAUCAGCAAGCAUGGACGCCGCCGAUCAACUUCUCGGCUGGAUUCCGACUAAAUCCGGCUGCCGCGGAAGCAUAGGCGAGUGUCUCGGCGAUGAAGAAGAAUUGGACCUUGAUUCGGAAAUCAACCGUCGGAUCUUAGCCACAACUAACUACAUUAGUUACGGCGCUUUGCAGAGAAACAGCGUGCCUUGUUCGAGACGCGGCGCUUCAUACUACAAUUGUAGAUCGGGAGCUCAGGCCAAUCCUUACACCCGUGGUUGUAGCGCAAUCACUCGUUGCAGGAGUUAGUUUCUCUCUUCUUUUAUAUAUAUAUAUAUAUAUAUAUAUAUAUAUAUCUAUUUUCAGUCAUACCAUUUCUGUGUUCUUAUUUUUGGGGGUUUUAUGGAGGAGAUUAUUAUUAUUAUUAUUAUUAUUGUUGGUAUAGAGAUAUGAAAGGGGAUUUGAAUGUGUGUAUAUGAUGAGGAAAAAGAGAAAAAAAAUUGAAGUGUUUAUCCCUCCCCCUUCCCCCCUUAUUUAUUGAUUGUAUUAAGGUCAUCAUCAUCAUCAACACUACUGCUACUACUACUACUGCUAUUGUUUUGUUUUUUUUUUUUGUUUUGGGUUGUUGAUUUGGGUUAUACUUCGAUUUAUACAUAUACAAUAUAUUAUUGUUGAUUGCA